GCUUGAAUGUUUAAAUGACGCAGUCUGAAGUAAGUUAAAAGCAUUGUUUCCAGCUCUUCAGGUCCCACCCUGCAUGAAAGUUACUAAAGUGAGAAAAGCUUGACACCUCCAUUAUUGGUCUUAAACUCACAGAACUUCUCACACACUGGUUACAAAAAUCGAGCUGCAAGAUUAACAGUCUUAUAAGUACAUAAAGAUCACUGAUGGGGAGUAAUUGGAUCUGUGUGGCUAUCCUGGGGAUGGCAUGCAUGAUGCUUGGAGUCAAUGGAACAGACAGUAGCAACUCCACGACAAGCAACAGCUCAAUACCUUCUAACAUGAACCUGACGCAAACAAACCCUCCCAACAUCACCACUAACCUGACCAUGACCCCCCCUCCAAACAUAACCACGAACCUGACCCAAUCAAGCCCUCUCAACAUCACCACUAACUUGACCAUGACCCCCCCUCCAAACAUAACCAUGAACCUGACCGACACAAGCCCUCCCAACAUCACCACCAACCUGACCAUCACCCAACCUCCAAACAUAACCGUGAACCUGACCCAAACAAGCCCUCCCAACAUCACCACCAACCUGACCAUGACCCCCCCUCCAAACAUAACAAUGAACCAGACCCAAACAAGCCCACCCAACAUCACCACUAACCUGGCCAUGACCCCCCCUCCAAACAUAACCAUGAACCUGACCCAAACAAGCCCUCCCAACAUCACCACUAACCUGACCAUGACCCCCCCUCCAAACAUAACCAUGAACCUGACCGACACAAGCCCUCCCAACAUCACCACCAACCUGACCAUGACCCCCCCUCCAAACAUAACCACGAACCUGACCCAAACAAGCCCUCCCAACAUCACCACUAACCUGACCAUGACCCCUCCUCUAAAUAUAACCAUGAACCUGACCCAAACAAGCCCACCCAACAUCACCACUAACUUGACCAUGACCCCUCCUCUAAACAUAACCAUGAACCUGACCCAAACAAGCCCACCCAACAUCACCACUAACCUGACCAUGACCCCCCCUUCAAACAUAACCAUGAACCUGACCCAAACAAGCCCACCCAACAUCACCACUAACCUGACCAUGACCCCCCUCUAAACAUGACCAUGAACCUGACCCACACAAGC